AUGGAGAUGAUUUAUUCUGUUAUCCCGGAAAAUACAAUAUUCUAUGUAAUUAUCGCCGUAGUAUUUAUUUAUCUACGAAAAUAUGUAUCCCCACCUCCGAUCCCAAUUCCAACUCCAAUCUCCACUACGUUGGAUGCGGAUAUAAAAGAAUUAAAACGAGAUAUGUUGGCUCUAAAAAAUGAUCAUGUAAGAAUAGAAAAGGAUUUGGAAUGGAGAAGUGAAGUCCGAAGUAGAGGUCCGAAUAUUCUACUGAAAUCGAAACUCUCUGGGUUGAAUUUACUGCCCUAUUUGACGAGAGAAGAAAAAGAGAAAAAUGUUCUCCCACGAAAAUAUAUAAUGCUUAUAUCUAUAGAAAUUAAUCUCAGCUCAGCUACACUUGCCAGCUUUUACCGUCAUCAGAAAACUCCAUUAAAAACUUCGUUAGAUAAAAUCGAAACCUGGGUUGAAAAAGAAAACCGGAAAAAGAUAACUUGA